AUGGCGAGUCCUAAGCUGCGCGUGGGUUUCGUUCCCGAACACUUUGCUGCCCCCCUUCUGCAGCUUGCCUCUUCCGAAUGGGGCCAAGCGCACAUUGAGCUUGUCGAGCAGCCGUCUGGCACGGGCCAGAUGCUCACUUCGCUCGAUGCCAGCAAUGCCGGCGGCCAAAAGAUCGAUGUGGCUGUCGCACUGACCGAGGCGCUUAUUGCCGGUAUUGCCAAAGGCCGUACGGACUAUGCACUGGUCGGCAGCUACGUGCGCAGCAGUCUGAACUGGGCGAUCAUCACCGGUACUGCGCCCGCGGCCGACAAGUACCAGACGGUGGCCGACCUCCGUGACAGCAAGGUCGGUGUGAGUCGUCUCGGCAGCGGCUCACACCUCAUGGCGAGUGUGCUGGGCCUGCAGCAAGGCUGGACGGAUGCCGACGGCAAGGUCGCCAAGCAGGACUUUGUCGUGAACAACGACUUCAAGACGCUGCGUGACGGUGUGAACCAAGUCGCCGGGCAUGAAACUGGCUUCUUUAUGUGGGAGUGGUUCACCACGAAGCCGUUCCAGGACGCUGGCGAGGUGCGCUUUGUUGGCUCGCUCCCCACGCCGUGGCCGUCGUGGACGAUUGCGGCGAGCAAGAACACGGCGCUGAAAGACAACAAGUCGCUUCUCGAAGAGUUCCUGCACAAGCUCCACGAGUCGAUCACCGCAUUUGCCAACCCUCAGACGCGUGCGGACCGCUCGCUGCACGCCUUUAUCGAGAGCGUGCACCACUACAAGCCCGAGGACAUUGCCGCUUGGGCGUCGAAUGUGCGCUGGGCCGGCGAGGCGACGCCCGACCCCGAAGGUGUCACGCCCACCGACGCCAAGGCGCUCGAGACGAAUGCGUACACGCUGUCGUCUGGCAUGCUGCAGCACACGCUCAAGGUGCUGGAGGAUGCUGGCGUGUUGCAGCACCCCGCGCAAGGCUGGGACUCGAAGUCGUUUACGGACACGUCGGUCACGACGCUGAUCUAG